AUGACAAGGCUGGUCUUUAGUCGAUCAGCCACUUCGUGCACCGUCUUCCUUCAGCUUCUACUACUACUAUGCUUUCAGUCUUCUCAUGGGUUUUCCGCUCAGCCCAACACUGCCUUUCCCAUGACCGCCAGUGUGGAUGUUCUAUCGAGGAGGAGUAUUGCGCCUGGGGACAGGAUUCCUGAUGUCUGUUUGAGUUGGGGAUUCAACCCAAUCUCGGAGGUCAACAUGGUGGAAUAUACAGCCAAUGAAUCCGUGUUGAUUCUGGGUGUUACGGCUGCCUUUAUCGACAGUGCCAUCCUUGAAACUUUUUUCCAUCAUCAAGAGGAACUGAAGCAGCUUGGAAUUGACAAUAUCAUUGUCUAUUCCUGCAAUGAUAGUGCUGUAGUGGGAAUUUGGAACAAACAACUAGUCGAAGCAGCCACUGCUGCGGGAAACGCCAAUUCCCUGAUGACCUUUUUCGGGGAUCCGUCCGGUGUCUUUACCAAGGCCUGUGGUAUGGGAUUGGAGCAGACACCCGAAUUGACCAACCUGGGACUCUUUCGUAGAUGCAAACCUUUUGCGCUCUAUGUCGAUAAGGGUGUGGUCAAGGAUGUGUCGGUGGAUGAUACCAAGAUGAGUGCUCCUUUCUGGAUACAACGGAUUCGAGAACUGAAGCAAUAA